GUUUCGCGAGUAUUUUAUAAUUCGUGUAAUUUUCGGAGCUCUAAUAAAAAUGAAUGUAUUCUGAAUAAUCUGCAACAAUGGACUGCAAUAUGCCAAAUUUUACAUCAGCUUGGACAUUUUUCGAAAAAAUGUGUACACAAAAUGUAAAAUGUCUGCUAUGCUCCGACAACCAAAUUCCUAAUACUGAAUCGGAGCUUUUGGCGCACUUGGUAACGGUUCAUAACAUAAACACAUUACAGAUGCAAAUGCCUAAAAAUAGUGAGGUGACAACAACCGCACCAAUGGAUCAGGAGCUUGACCCCUACAGCGAUACAGCAGGACUUAACAUUGAAAAUUAUCUUACGAUGGAAGAACUAGAGCAGCUUGAUCUUCCUGGUCAAAUUCAAAACAAUGACAAUGUCCCUAGCGCUGAAAUGGAAUUAAUUAAAUCAAUUUCCUACUUUCGAGAUAAGGCCUCCUUCUAUCGUAAACAGAAAAAUAUAACUGCACAGCACGCUUUAAAAAUAAAAAAAUAUUUAGACACUUAUAAGUGAUAUAUUUAUUUUAAUAAGUGAUGUAUUUUGAUAGUUAUAAGUGAAAGUAAAUUGUAAAGUUCAACUACCCAGAUAGUGAUUUAAAAAA